AUGAAUUAAGAAUCCUUGGAAAGCAUUAUUGAGAGAUUUCAAAGAGAUAGACAGGUCAUUAGAGAUAGAAUGGAAGAAAGAAAUUAAUUAUUCGAAAAAGCAAAUUAAAAUUAUAAAUCUAAUUUAUAAAGAGAACUAGAAACAAUUAAAUUAACAAAUAAAUAAGCUGAAUCUAGGGAUCAAGAGUUUAGACAAUACAUUGUACAAUUAUUCAAAUAAUACGACGAAGGGAACUAACAAAUGAAAUUAACCAUUCAAUAAACUAUACAAGAGAAAAUUAAUUACAAUGAUUAUUUAAUAAGAAACUACCCACUUGACAGUAUGAAGGAAAAAAAGGAUUUGUAAGAGGAAAACGUAAUGCUUAGGAAUCAAUUGGAGUUUAAGUAAUUUAUUUAAUAAACAACUACAUUGUCCCAUUUGUACAUUCCUCUAAUUGAAAUAUAGAAGAAAGACUAGGAAGAGCAAUUGACCCUAGAUAGAUACUUAGGGGAACAUAUAGAAACUAAUGUGCAAUAGAAAUAGUAUCCUCCAAUUUAGAGUCAAUCUACUGUUGCAUAAAUCAUCUCAAAACCAAAGAUCCAAGAACAGAAUCAAACUACUUAAGUUAAAUUACUUAGCACACCUUCAAAAAAAAUGGAAAAGGAUUUUCUCUAAGAAUUUAUGGUACCUUUGGCAGGAAGAUAAUAGUGAAACGUUAUUUUUUAUUUAUUUAAAAUAAUUGUUGAUAACAAUAUAA